AUGUCAGAUUCCCUACAUAAUGAAUCAAUCAAUAGUCGCAGAAGUACCUUUGUCUCUAAGCCUAGUCGAUCAACAAUUAGAAUUGUGAAAGAUCCUAAUAGUACAAGACUCAGUUUAUGCAACUCAACAUUAUUCGAGGACGUAAAAGGAUUUUGGAACGAGGAGUGUGAUGAUACUAUUAUCGAAUUAUCAAAACUCUCGAUCGCUGAUCAGACGCAUGAGGUCACUGUGCUAGACAACUUCAAUGAUACUUCAAACCGAAUAGCCACAGCGAAGGAUUACGUGUUGCGUCGAUGCAAUCAAACGGAGCCGUUACCAUUUGAUGAAUGCUAUCCGGAUUCGCAGUUGAAGAACUGCCACAAGAUCGGCGAAGGCGUCUACGGAGAGGUAUUUCUGUGGAGAGCCAGAGAUGGCCGCGCGCGCGUCUUGAAGAUAAUCCCCAUAGCUGGAAACCUUAAGGUCAAUGGGGAGUGUCAGAAGGACUUCCAUGAAAUCAUAUCUGAAAUUGUGAUUGCUAUGGAAUUGAGCGCCUUGCGAGCGCCUAUAGCAGAAAUCGAAAGACACUUUGAUGAAGGCAAAGACGUUGAAGCACUCAACUUACAAGCCAUAGAGAAUGCCACUGAUGCUUUUAAUGAGGUUCUGGCAGUAAGGUGCGUAUACGGCAGUUAUCCUUCUCGCCUGCUUGACCUGUGGGAUCUCUAUGACGAGUGCAAAGGCUCUGAGAACGACAACCCAGCGAUCCUCCCUGUAGAUCAACAGUAUAUAGUGUUGGAGCUGGCCAACGCCGGCCAAGAUUUGGAAAGUUAUCAAUUCAACAACGCUGAACAGGCGCAUGCCUUGUUUCUACAGGUGGCGUAUGGUCUGGCAGUUGCCGAAGAGGCGUACCAGUUUGAGCACCGUGAUCUUCACUGGGGGAACAUCCUGAUAGCCCCCACUGAGCAGAAGUGGGCGACGUUCGUGAUCCGCGGACGCGUGGUUCGCGUGGGUCGCGCCGGCGUGCGCGGCGCCAUCAUCGACUACUCGCUGUCGCGCGUGGCGCUGCGCCUGGCGCCCGGCGACUCCGCUGCGCUCUACAACGACCUCGCCGCCGACGACUCGCUCUUUGACGCGCUGGGCGACUACCAGUUCACCGUCUACAGGCUCAUGAGGGACAAGCUGGGAAAUGAUUGGAAGAACUUCGAGCCGUACACAAACAUCCUUUGGCUGCAUUACACUGUUGAUAAGAUGAUAACAGCCCUCCGCUACAAGAGGACAAACACGAAGAUACACAAACAUUACAUUGACAAGCUGAAGGGAAUCAAGAGCAGAAUACUUGACUACGGUAGUGCCGCACAAUUCGUGCUAACAGACAACGAACUAUAA